AUGCCACUUGGCAGCGACAGCAGUCCUAAUACUAAAUCCCAAAACCGACUCCUGCAGCUUGCAGUCCAGGAGAAGCACACAUGUGGUCGACUGCAACGACGGGCGAUACAUCUCUUGAGUCAAGCUGCUGAGCUUUCGGUGGAGAAAUUGACAACCAAUGUGCUGCCGCCCCUCUCCGCAGAACACGCAUUCCAUCCGGCGACCAAGCUCCUGAGCUGCAAUUCUUCUGGGCGGGGGGCGGGUGGGGGAGUGGGAGGGCUCUUGGCUUUGGCUGAAAGCUGGUGUUCCAUUGCGACCAGGGAUGGCAGACGCCUGAAGCUGGAAAGCAAGCCGAAGUCGGAGCUGGCAAUAGCCCGCUUCUUGUCACGUGGUGGUGGCUUCUGCAGCAGCCAGGCAGACGCAAGUUUGAAGGAGGUCGGGCUCGAUGCUCUAUGCCCCACGCAUUACAACAGGACGACGGCCGACUUCGUGCACCGCUAUCUUGUCAAGAUACAGCACAAGACGGAGAAGGUUCUCGCGGACCUGCAGCACAAGUCCAUCGCAUUGAUAUGCGACGCUAGCCCCAAAGCGAAGCACGAUGUGUGGCUUCCAGUGUUCGGGCUUCCGGAUUGCCUGUGUGUGGGAACUUUGCAGCGACUGUCGACAUUGCUGCCCAGUACUGCUACGGCAUCGCAGAAGCUGGGAGCAGCAAGCUUGGUGGCCGAGAGCCACACGAAAGCAAUGCUUGCCGAGUACACAACCAAACAAGAAAGAAAGAAGCUGCCGAAGGCACUCAGCUCCCUCAGGGAAGAUCGGCUGGCUGCGAAGCAGGAGCUGAAAUCAGUGGCCAAUGUGUUGUCGCACAUCGGCCUCGAUUUGGCCGAGGUGUUUCCAAGCUCCCGUUGUGCCCCCAUAGAUGCUGACAGCGAAGAGCGCCGACUGCACUGUGUCGGUGAUAUGCUGUAUGGCUACGUGAUCAACAAGUCGACGGGCGACGCCCGUUGGGACACCGUGGCCGAAGGAUUGCGACUAGUCCUGUGCCCCGACCAAGGGAGUGCACUUUACGCGACGUAUGAAUACAUGUGCCACUGCGGCGGAUCUGUGAACCUCAUACGCGAUGAGUUGCACAAGAUUAACAACCAUAUGGGACGUGUCACGUCGUGCAGCCCGGUGAUCAAGAGAAUGACUCUCUUGAGCGGUUGGCUCUUCAGAGCCAAGAAGUCUCCUUGGGGGACAAGCAACUUUGCCUCCACACUGAAGGAGGCCGGAGAAAGGAACAGCCUGCCCUACACCUCCGAUGCCAAGCUGAACUUCGAGAGGACGGUCGAAAUCCUUGGCAAGACCAUAAAGUACAACAGCGAGUCGUUCUCGUGGUCCCGCUGGUGCUCGUGGGCACACACUUCUGCUACUUUCCAGAUGUCGAGUACAUUGCUGUUGAUCCUCUGGAGCUCCCUUGAGGACGGGUUUGGUAGCUACAGUUUUGCUGCUGCUGCCAAGCUCCGUGCUCUGUAA